UGUUUUAUGUGUGCUAUUAUUUUACUGUUAUUAAUUAUUAUUUUUAAUUAUUUAUAAUGAAUUUUUGCUAUUUGAUUUAGCUUUUAUUGUAUUAUUUGACCUAUAAUUAUUAUUUAAUUUACAUUUUACUUACUAUAUUAUAGAUUAAAAACACAUUGGAUUAAAAAUUUGCAUUUAAUGUAAAAAAUAAAUAAAUACAAAUACAAAUCACCUUUUAAAUGAUUUGAUCAAAAUGCAUUUGAUUAAUAUGUUUGUAAGUUGUAGUGAGUCAUUAGCUGUGCGCAUCAGAGAGCAUGCUCUACCAAAACUCCACCUUAUUGGUUGUGGUCGUUGCCCUUCUCAUUUGAAAGUCAUGGAUUGUGCGUAAAAGUUCCACUUCACAAUAAGUAUGGAUCCUCAUUCCUCUCUGCAAUGAGAUAUUCGUUGCCUUAUCAAACAGACUUCUAAUAGCAUGGAAUUAUCCUAGGGUGGAUAAUUACAGAAAAUAAAAUAAAAAACAAAGUUUUUUAUGGCGUCACACCCGAAAAACUACAGUUGCCAUGGGCGCCUAAACGUCUCUUACGGAUCUCCCACAACAUCUGCGAUCAUGUUUUCAGCCGGUGUCCUUGGGAAUGUAGUCGCCUUAAUACUCUUGGAAAUACGGCGGAGGAAGCAAACCGCAUCCCUGUUCCAAGUCCUCGUCACAUCGUUGAUCAUUACAGACUUGCUGGGAACUUUCUCCGUCAGUCCCCUGGUGAUUACCGCGUAUUUGAGGAACGAGUCGUUGCUCGGGAUGAGCGGAAACCGAUCGGUCUGUGAGCACUUCGGUUAUGCGAUGACAUUUUUCAGCCUGGUGACUCUGGCCAUUCUUCUCUCCAUGGCUGUGGAGCGCUGGCUGUCCAUAGGGCAUCCCUACUUUUACGAGAAGCGCUUGACCAAACGGUGCGGGUACAUCGCCGUCACCCUCAUAUACCUGGUUGGCGUUCUUUUCUGUGUCACACCUUUCCUCGGGUUUGGGAAGUACGUUCAGCAUUGCCCGGGGACGUGGUGCUUCAUUGACAUGGACCUUGAUGAGCGCGAACACAAAGUGUUCAAUAUAAUCUAUGCGUCUUGUUUGCUGGCCAUGAUCGUAUGUACGGUUUUGUGCAACGCGUCUGUCAUCUAUCAUCUUUUACUCAUGUAUCGAAGACACAAAGCGAACUGGAGCUCUACCCGGGGACACAGAAAGCAUCGGUCCAUCACGAAAGAGGUAGAACAUCUGGUGCUGCUCGGGUUCAUGACAGUCGCCUUCGUCAUUUGCUCCCUUCCUCUUGUGAUUCAAGUAUACAUUCAUACCAUCUUCAACCUUGAAAGUCAUAAAAAGGAUCUUAUAGCCCUUCUUCUCUUAUCGGCUAACCCCAUCAUUGACCCCUGGGUCUUUAUCAUCCUCAGUCCCCCAGUGCCUCGCCUGCUCUGGGACAAGAUGUGCAAGAAUUUAAAGUCCAAACCCACCCAAGAGAAGUUCAUUUGUGUUCAACCACCGUUGUGUCAGUCAAGUCCACCUGGAUGUCCACAAGUAGUCAAUUUGCUGAAAGUUUACACAGAAAUUCCAGGAACUGCUGACUCCUGAUCCCUAAACCACUUUCAGUUUGUGGGAAGGAUUGUGGAGCUAUUGCUCAACUAUAAAUUGAAAAUCAUGGAUGCUUAAAUCCAAGUCCGACAGGUCCAGAGAUGCGUUGUUACUGGAAAUCUGAAACAGAUGGAUCUACCGUAAGACCUGACGAUAGCACAAGUGUAUGGUGUGACCCCCAUAGUACUGUGUAGAAUAUAAAAGAUAAGAUUUUUUUAGCAAGGCAAACUUUUUCAUAAUUAUUUAUUCUAUUUAUUUAUAGAGAGUUAAAAAAAAAAAAAAAAAAAAAAACAAUUGUAAACAAAUGUUCAUCAGUAGGAAACAUUUACUUUUUGAUUGCAAUAUAAUGCAAAUAAAUAGCCUGGGAAAAUGUUUUGUUGAUUCAACUCAUUAUAUUUAGUGCCUUUUUUGCAUGUUUUUUUUUUUUUAAUUUUUUUUUAGUCUGACUUAAUUGAAUAUGUUUUUCUCACAAAUUAAAAAGUAAUCUGAAUUGAUUGAAUAUACAGUAGUUGUAAUAACUUCAGUUUAUUUAGCUGAACUUAAAUUGUAUCUAGUUAUAACAACUUCACUUUAGUUUACUGAAUUUUAAGGCCUGCUGCUGUAUAGUUAGUGUUCAGUGAACCUAACUUUAGUUGUCAAGUAAACCCUGCAAGUUUUGCACUGCAGUCUGUUGUCUUCUUGAGAAACAUACUCCAUAGAUUUUGAGGCACAUGGAUGUCAACACUUGACACACAAACUUCAGUAAUGUUGAUACUCAACAAACAUCAUUAAGUAAAAGAUGAGCUUUUAACAUCACCACACAACUAUUAAUCAACAGUAAUAACAAAAACAACAGCAGCAGCACAGGUAAAAUCUGCAAAUAGCACAAAAAAAUCUAAAAUCUUAUUAUUUAUUCAUGCUGCAUUGCAUGCUGGGAGCUGGUAAAUCUUUGUUCAGACAACUUUGUUAAGCAAGUUGAGAUGACAAAUACACUUGUUGAUUCAACUAAAGUACAAGCUGAUAGAAUCUCAACUUAAUAUGUUAAGUUGACUGUACAGUUUAGUUGUGUCAACUCAAAAAGACACCUUGAUACAGCUAGAUGUCAGAUUUUUUUGUCACAGUGUACAUCUACAGAUUGGCGUGAAGACCCCUUCCUGUUUAAACUGCAUGGGAAAUCUGGUUCUCUUUUUCUGUUUUCAUGCUACUUCGGUUUUCAAAUCUGCAUUCUGUUGCAGAUACUGUAAUAGCAAGUCAUACCUUAUUGUGAAAGAGCUUGAAUAAACAGAAAAACUGUAUACAGCA